AUGUUGAGAUCUUCCCGGGUUCAGAUCUUAAGUGGUUUUCAACGAUGUUUGUCGCAUAGAAAAACGGCUUUUGGAGCAUUUUCUGCGGUUGAUUUUGACGUGUGCGAUGCCCAAGAAGAUUCGGAGUUGGAUUCCGCUACUGGUUUUAAAAAUCAAGGUUUUUUAGUAAAUAGAACUGAUGCGGGUGGUGUGACAGUUUUGGAUUGGAAAGAUUUGAGUAAUGGUGAGAGAUCCAGCUCUUCCUACCGGGACUCAAAAGGUAACCCUUUGCAAGGUGAAAACGCUAAAGAGGCCAGACUCCAAAGAGAAACGCUUAUCGGCAAAGCACCGGAUGCACAAAUCAAGUUGAACCCUGACGUUUCCAAAGCUAUAAACGAUCAUAUCUUGAGCUUACAUGUUCCUAACAAUUUGCGAAGAAUGGCUGCUCAAUAUUUCAUAGGAUUAGAACAAUCCAAAUUGCAUAGAGCCACUGCAUCUCCGUCGGAAGUUGAUGCUCAUAUUUCGACGGUUUUUUUGCAAAACUAUGGUGCCAUUUAUCAAUCCUUGCAGGAACUAAAAAAGCGCAAGGGACAGCUUUUCAAUCCCAAACGAGUGCUUGACGUGGGAUUCGGGCCUGCUACAGGCAUGGUGGCCUUGAAUGAUUUGAUGGAUGAAAGUUUCCGCCCCGAGGUAAAAGAUGCCGUUAUUUUAGGGCAUAUUGAUAUGCAGAAAAGGGCCAAAAUUAUUCUCAGUAGACAGGUAAGCGAGCUACCGAGUGUUGCAGAAAACCGUGAUGACGGUGUUAUGGAAGAUAGCACGCCAGAAGAUGAUAUAGAAUUGGAAAAUGAAUUGGUUGGAGAAGUUAUGACGAAAAAGAUUAAAAUAGCUACAAGACUUAGUGGUAGGGUUCCCGGGUUGAAGCAGUAUGAUUUAAUCAUCUUAACCCAUCAGUUACUGAAGUCAGGGCAUAAAUUCCCACUGGAAAUUGACGAAAAUUUGGAUCAUUACUUGAGCCUUCUUUCACCAGGCGGACAUUUGGUUCUGGUUGAAAGAGGCAAUCCAUUGGGGUUUGAGACCAUUGCAAGAGCACGUCAAAUCAUGUUAAGGCCAGAAAACUACCUUCAAGAAGGCGGCAAAAUUCCUCGGCCUUGGGGAAAAAAUCAAACAAGUGCAUCGGUACUUGAUGAUAAAAGCCAUACGGACGCGUCAAGCGUGACAAACUCUGCUCCCACUCCAGAGCAAUGUGAGCUCGAACCCGAAUUCAUGGCAAGCUUGAGAGAAGUUUAUAAAGAAUCGCCACCAUUUCAUCUCAGUGUUAUAGCCCCAUGCCCACAUCAUAGAAAGUGUCCCCUCCAAGUGGGUAAACCGCAAUACUACGAGUUUAAGGAAGGCAGAAAUUUGAAGUUCUGCAACUUCCAGAAAUCUAUUCAGCGUCCCAAGUUCAGCUUGGAAUUGAAGAAGGGUCGCAUCUUAGCAACACCGUGGCAGAGCAAGGAAGAAGGAAUUGGCGCGAAGGGCUUGGCACGAAGUGGCAGUGGACGGCCCAACGGACGAGAUUUUGAAAUUUUAAAUUACUCUUACCUAAUUAUGGAACGUUCAAAAACAGACGUUGCGACAAUUCAAGAAAUUGAGAGACAACGGAGAGAUAAUGAUUGGGACUUCAAAGUAGGUUCGCUGGGCGACAGAACGCCCAGUACCUGGCCUAGGAUUCUUAAUAGUCCCCUAAAGAGAAAGGGACACGUCACUUUGGAUCUCUGUGCCCCAUCGGGACACUUGGAAAAGUGGACGGUACCACGCUCAUUUUCCAAAGAAGUCUACCAUGAUGCCAGAAAGGCCAGUAAGGGUGAUUUAUGGGGUUUGGACGCCAAGAGUAAAAUUGAAGGAAUGGGAAAUCUCGACGUAAAGAAGUUUGAACAAAUCGAGAAGGAUAAAAUUAAAGAGCUGAAGAAGGCAGAAAAAAGAGAAGACAGAGAAUUGCGCGAAGCCGUCAACGCGGUGGAUUACGGGUUUGACCAAGAGUCGCCAUUGAACUCAGUGGACCUGAUGGCGGCUCUAUAUGGCGCUGAGUUCGACAAAGGUAAAAGGAAAAAAGCCGCGAGCAUUGGCAAUGGUCAAGAUUGA